CAUAGCCUUUAUAACGAAAUUUCCAUGUUCUCAUCUCAACCACAAAUCCAAACCCACUUACAUAAAAAGCAGAGCAAUGAUCAUUUUGAUUUUCAGUCUCUGCUAUUUCCUCACAUCUUCCGCAAUUUCCGCACCACCGGCGCCCUGAAUUACACCAGCUACCGCUUCCAUGAUGCUGCCAUUUGCAUCAUCAUCAUCUUCAACAACAGUAUCACAAUUUUAUGAUGUUUUCAUGAGCUUCCGCGGGGAGGACACUCGUAUGACUUUCACCAGCCAUUUAUAUGACGCCUUAAUUGAAAACGGUAUCAUAACCUACAAAGAUGACAGGACACUUGGGCUUGGAAAGCCGAUUGCUCCCGAGCUCUUACAGGCAAUAGAAACAUCAAAAAUUGCCGUUGUGAUUUUAUCUAGACAAUACGCAACGUCAAAAUGGUGUUUGCAGGAACUCGAAAAGAUUGUUGAUUGCAUGAAACUAGGAAAGCUGAUUGUUAUUCCUAUUUUUUACCAUGUAACUCCUUCUGACGUGCGCCAUCAAAGCGACUGUUUUGAACAAGCAUUUUCCAAUCAUGAUGCCAAUACCCAAAUUGUACCAGGAAAAGUGAAUAUGUGGAGAGCUGCUUUCAAAGAAGUGGGAGCUCUCUCUGGAUUGCAUGUGACAAAAGAUAAGGAUGAAGCUAAAGAGGUAAAGAAGGUUGUGAGCCAAGUUUUAAAGUACUUGUCUAAUACAAUGCCAUUAGAUCGUUCCAAUAGUCUAGUGGGAAUUGAGUCACGUGUGGAUGAAGUGAAAAAUAUAUUGAGAAUGGAGUCUAGUGAAGUUCUUUUAAUAGGGAUUUGUGGGAUGAGUCGGUAAGACUACUCUAGCCGAAGCUGUCUAUAAGGACAUUAAAGGGAAGUUUAAAAGAAGUAGUAUCAUUGAAAACAUCAAAGACAUUUCCAAACAAAAUGAUAUUACUGAUCUAUGCAAAUUACAACAGAAACUCCUUGAUGACAUUUUAAUGCAGAACAUUCGUGUUAAAAAUGUCACUGAUGGAAAAGAUUUGUUGUGCAAAAAACUUAGCAGUUUAAAAGUUAUCAUCGUGUUGGAUGAUGUGAAUCAUGUUGACCAGUUGACCUAUUUAGCUGGGGGGCUUGAAUGGUUUGGACCUGGUAGCAGAAUCAUAGUAACCACAACAAAUAGAGACUUGCUAAAUUACUAUAAAAAGAGUGAAAUAUAUAUGUGUGAAGAAAUGAAAGGUAACGAAGCUCUUAGUCUCUUUUGUCAAUCAGCCUUCAAGGAAAGCUUUCCUACACAUGGUUAUGAAAAAUUGUCUGAUGAAAUUGUGAAGGUUGCUGGUGGUCUUCCGUUAGCUCUUAAUGUUUAUGGUUCUCUUUUAUGUGGGAAGGAUGAAAACUACUGGAAAGAUACGUUGAAGAAACUUAGAGAAUAUCCUGUGGAAGAAGUUCUUGGAAGGCUUGAAGUAGUUUAUGCAAGAUUGGAUAAAAAUCAGCGUAAUGCCUUCAUAUAUAUUGCAUGUUUCUUGAAAGGAAGAAACAUAGAUUUGGUAAAAGAUAUACUAACCAAUAUUGGUUUGUACUCUGAGUGUGGAAUUACUGAUCUUAUUAACAAGUGUCUCAUAACUAUCAAUCUUGAAGAAAACGUGUGGAUGCAUGAUCUGCUACAACAAAUGUGCUGGAAAAUUCUUCGCACAGAUGAGAAGCACAUUGCAAUCAAGUCUCAUGAAGAUACAUUGACUUUAAACAUCCUGGGAGCGCAAACUGUUGAAGUCAUUAACCAGGAUCCAUAUAAGGGUGAACUGAAUGAGCGUUUCAUUGAUCCUACAUGUUUCACAAAGAUGACAAAACUAAAAUUUGUCAGAAUUAGUAAUGUACACUUCCCUAAAAGACUUAAGUAUCUCUCCAAUGAUCUAAGAAUUCUGGAAUGGUAUGGAUGUUCUUUAAAGUCGUUUCCUUCAAUGUUUGAACCAAAACACAUUUAUGAACUUGAAAUGUGUUCAAGUCAACUUAAAACACUUUGGAAGAAAGAUUUAGUGCUGCCUAAUUUGAGAUCCAUUAACCUCAGUUUCUCAAAGAAUUUGACCAAAAUUCCAGACUUGACGUCAGCUUCAAAUCUUGUGAAACUAAAUCUUGAAGGCUGCACAAAUUUAACAAGGCUACACGCAUCAGUUCUUCUCCUCAAACGACUACGUUACUUGAAUCUCAAAGGAUGUACAUGCCUUAAAAGCCUUGGCAGAAGGAGUAUGGAAAUGGAAGACCUUGAGGCACUUCUUCUUUCUGGGUGCUCAAAACUUGAAUAUAUUCCUGAGUUUGGUAAGAACAUGAAGCGCUUGGAGCAUCUCUAUGUGGAUGGAACCAGAAUCAAGAAAUUACCAGAAAACAUGGAUGGAUUGUGUGAUUUAAGGAAUCUUGAUGCCAGUGGAACCUUUGUUAAGGAGCUUCCAUCUUCAAUUUAUCGUUUAAAAAAACUAAGACUCUUGCAUGUAAAUAGGUGCCGGUUGACAUUCAAAACAGGAUGCUUUUUGAACUCCACUCUGAGUAGUUUAAAAGAACUUGAUCUAAGUAAUUGCAAUCUAUCAGUUGUUCCCGACGGUGUUGGUUUGUUAUGUCAGUUGAUAACUUUGGAUCUGUCUGGAAAUGAAUUUGUUUCGCUGCCUACAAGUGUUAGUCUCCUUUCAAAAUUGAGAAUGCUCUGUUUAAAUAACUGCAAGAGGCUUCAGUCAUUACCAAAACUUUCAUUAGUAGAUGAGGACAUGGAUUAUGGACCUCGAAGUAGAUUCAGUUACUAUGUUUCUGCAGAAGGGGUUGACGUAUCAAAAUUCCAUGCAUCAAGCUACGACAAUCGUCCAUCUGUAUCAUGCUUGAACUGUCCCAAAUUGGCUGUAGACAAACGUGGCAGUUAUCUAGCAGAAAAGAUAUUAAACAGUUACCUUCAGUUACGGACAAAAUAUUGGAUGACACCUGAAGCUUUGUUUGAGAUAGCUGGUGCUGGAAGUGAAAUUCCAUCAGGGUUUGUGCAGCCAGGUUCUGGUCGUUUAAUUCUUGAAGGCCCAUGGAUCGGAGUUGCUAUAUGUGCUGUUAUUUCUGUCCACCAUAUUGACAGCUAUAUGGAAGCUAAAUACAUAGUAACAGCUCAUAUUCAUCUUGGGGAAAAACAUUGGAAAAUUCCGGUCCCCAUACACUUCUUGGUGGCAGAAUCAGAGACGCAAUUGGUUUUUUAUUGGACGGUAGCUGAUGAUCUUCAGAGAAUUGUAGGUUCAAGUCAAAAGAGCAAAUUUGGUGUUUCAUUUAGCAUGGAGCCAGAAGAUGGGAAUUUACAGGUGACCAAAUUUGGUGUCCGCUUUAUAAAUAAGGAAUAUAUAUUGCACCUAAAGCGACAUGAGGACGUUAUGAACCCAGCGCGGCUUCAUAUCAUUAGUAUUUCAGAAGAAGAGUGGAAGAUAGUGACUUGUAAAGAAGAUACGCACAUGGACCACCAUAUCCAUAAGUUAGUAGAUUUCAUUUCUGACCAUGGAAGACAACAUGGUUCCUUGGAUGCCAUCUACCAAAUCACUAAAGGUCUACUUGAAAUCAACCAAGGUUCCUUGGAUGCCAUCUACCAAAUCACUAAAUGUAUACCUAAUUCUAGAAAAGUAAACAGGUAUUAUGAAAUGGGUAUGUAUGAUUACCAUGUACUCCACCUUGGAGUAUCUGUACUCUACAAUGAUUUCAUACAGUCGGUGAAAGUCACAAAUGAUGGGUGGUUGAGUGUAAAGUUAGCACUGGAGCAAAUUUUGGUCAAAAGUAGAGCUGACAAUUACAGUUACAAAGAGAUGCUACAGCAGCUCGAUGAUCUUGAAGCUGCUAAAAGUGUUGGAUUUUCUGAUAAAUUUAUCAAAAUGCUAGAGUCUAUGUUUAGACUAACAUUAUAUAUUGUGAGCAUGGUGUUCAGUGUCCAAUAUUACAGAUCGCUUUUCAUGGCAGAAAAUAUGUUGGUCUUCAUAACUGGUAUUUUGUGUAUGGUGGCUGCAUAUUUGGGUGAAUUCGAACCUCUAGAAGCUAUGAAACAAACAAAUUUGAAGUCUCUGUUUCUACAUCUGAUCCGAGCUUCUUAUGAUAAGAAAUGUAUGGAGGAUGAUGGAUGGUUUUUAAGGAAGGGAAGUUCUAACAACGAGUUGCAGAUCUUAGAUUUUUAUGACAAUGGGAUUCUUCUUCAGGAGUUGAUGAACAAGAUGGGGCGGUCUAGUUGUUUUACCAAAGAGAAUGAGGAAGAGAUGGUGAGUGUAAUUGAUAGGCUUCAGAAGAAUAUCCAUAAGGUGUCAUGUACAAUUCAAGACAUGAGUAGACAUUCUCACCAAUAUAGUCAUGAUCUAGAGAAGGCGAAGAAGCAUAUUAAAUGUUUUUCUCAAUUUUCAAAAUAUCGUGAUAUUAUAUCUAUGUUAUCGUUAUUUAAUUAAAGUUAGAUGCAACUCUGUGUACAAAAGAGUUUCAUAUACGCAGAUUGAUGUUGGUAAUUAAUGACUACAAUAUUGCUUUUUAUGUUGCAACUUAUGUUUAAGUUGUGUAAUAUAAAGUUAGGUAAUGAGUUAGUUGCAACUUGUGU